CUAUUCCUGAUUGUUAGAUAGUUUGUGUUUUUCCGAUUAUCUUUGUUUUGUGGUUAGAUGUUCAUGACAACUAUGCAGAUGUUACUUAAUAAGUUUCGCUGUUAGCAGCUAGACAGGAUCAGUAUCAUUUGGACUGUUGAACAUCCUAUGUUUAGUUUUUCGUGAGUUUCGGACUGAAGCACUCUGUGCAAGGGCAACCAGAGGGAUUGCAACGUUUUCUAGCUAGUGCGUUAUGUAAUUUUGUGCAUUCUGCCCUUCGGAUCAUAUAUUUUCAGAAAGUGUGCAAUUCUUCAAACGACCGUCGAGAUGAGUAGUCCUAAAAGGGAUACCAACGUGGACAUGCAGUUGCUUGGGAAACCAUCGUCUCCAUCGCGGAACGGAGACAUGAUAGUAGAUGAGAACUAUGAUCCACAUUUGCACCGGAAUCGACCACACCCAACAACCAACUUUGAAACGUUGGUGCAUCUACUGAAGGGUUCCCUAGGUACCGGUAUCCUGGCGAUGCCCCAGGCAUUUUACAAUUCCGGCUACCUGUCCGGAGUGAUUAACACCGUACUGAUUGGCAUCCUGUGUACUUACUGUUUGCACGUGCUUGUCCAGGCUCAGUAUGCCCUGUGUAAACGACACCGGGUUCCCAUUUUAACCUAUCCGAUUUCGAUGAAAAUGGCUCUGGAAGAGGGACCCCAGUGUCUACGGCCGUUUUCACGAUAUGCUAUCGUGAUCGUGGAUGGUUUCAUGAUAGUAUACCAGUUGGGAAUCUGCUGUGUGUACAUUGUUUUCGUAGCUACAAAUAUCAAACAGCUCGUUGAUGUUUAUUUAACGUUGGAUGUGAAAAUUCACUGUCUGAUACUAUUGGUUCCGCUCAUAGGCAUCAACAUGAUUCGUAACCUCAAAAUUCUGGCCCCUUUCUCUACAUUGGCGAAUUUAAUCACCUUUGUCGGCAUUGGCAUGAUACUGUAUUACAUUUUGGACGAUCUGCCACCACUUUCGGAGCGCGAAGCGAUUGCCGACAUCGGAAAGUUCCCGCUGUUUUUCGGUACAACGCUUUUCGCACUGGAGGCAGUUGGAGUGAUCAUUGCUUUGGAAAACAACAUGGCAACCCCAAAGUCUUUCGGUGGACCCUGCGGAGUCCUGAACGUCGGUAUGAUUGUUAUUGUGGCCUUGUACGCUGGAAUGGGAUUCCUCGGUUACGUGAAGUACGGUGCAGAAGCGCUAGGAAGUAUAACACUCAAUCUACCUGAGAAUGAGAUAUUAUCGCAGAGUAUCCGAGUUUUGUUUGCUAUUGCCAUAUUCAUUUCAUAUGGCCUGCAGUGCUAUGUACCGGUAGAUAUCAUCUGGAAUGUUUAUCUUAUCGACAGAUACAAGGACUCAAACAAAAAACUCGUAUAUGAAAUGCUCGUGCGUAUUGUGGUUGUGAUUAUUACCUUUCUGUUGGCGGUGGCAAUCCCACGACUUGGUCUAUUCAUCUCACUUUUCGGAGCUCUAUGUCUCUCGGCAUUGGGAAUCGCAUUUCCAGCGAUUAUGGAAAUCUGCGUGCUUUGGCCCGACAAGCUUGGCCCGGGAAAGAUAACCCUCUGGAAGGAUGUCAUUUUGAUAUUAUUCGGUAUAAUCGGACUUGUCGCUGGAACAUACACGAGCGUUAGAGAUAUUAUUUACAGCUUUCAGUAGUUUUAUUUUCUUGCCCGAACCAAAGCAAUUUCUACUCAGUACAGAAGCGAGCUUAGGCGUAGCAUGUUAGCGAUAUGUAUAUAGGAACUCACAACUAUACUUCAAAACGAUGAAAAUCAACAGGCUGUAGGUGUUUUUGCUACGAACAAGUAAACAUAUAUAGGACUAAUAUAGAAUUAAUCGCAUAUUAUCAACGAAGUGAAAAAUAUGGCUGCAGUGUACGUUACUACAAAUUGUGCUUAAAUGCAGAAUUCAAGCGCAGCUUCGGAAUGUAACAAAAAGUACUGUAGAUACACAUUUGCCGGUCAACAUAUCAUUUGCAGCGAUUGGAACUUGAACCGUGCCUGUGUACCAUAUUAUAAGUAAAAAAUGUGCUUCUUGCCAGUCGAUUCAGCCUGUCUAAACAACUAAGGUUUAUUUUCGUAAAUUUGACACAUACCUGUAUUAAGCUUUUGUGAUCGUAUAAAUGUAAUAGGAGCAUAGUAAUAGUGUUAGUUUCAAACGGUGUCCCAGAGAUAAUUUAAUACCAAGCGGUAGGAACGUCAUGCCUGUGACUGCUAGCACGCUGUAUUUUUGGACAUCAGCUAAACAACCAAAAAACUUGCCAAAUUUUAGUUGUGCAAUU